AUUUAAUGUUGUUAUAUAAUUAUCGCGUCAAUUUAGGUUUCAUGUCCUAGAUUAUUUUCAAAAAAAUGGCUGUCAAGACUGAGCCUUUUCUUCUGGAACGAACUGUAUAUGUCGGCAUAGCUUUAAUUAUCCCAAGUUAUUCGAUUUAUAAGCUUUUUAUCUCUUCGAAAAGUCCAGGUGAAAUAUUUUUUCAAAUUAUAAUGACAAAUUCAGUAAAUCUAAAUUUAUUACGACUGAAAAAUGUUAGUUUAACUCAAAAUUUGGUGCUAAUGCAAGAUGCAGCUGAAUUUCAGUGGACGUUGCUUCCGUUGUGGAUGAGUUUUGUACCUUAUCUUUUACUCUAUUCGAUCGUAUCAUCAUUCGUUUUUGCGUUGGUGAACAAAAAAAUAUUCAAAUGUUGUCGAAUAAUAUUAUCGAUUUGGCUAAUAAAUUAUUUGGUGGGUUAUAAAAUCCUAAUGGACGUCUUUUUGAACAUAUUAUGCUUUUCAUGCAUAAGUUAUUUGGUCUCUGGAAAUUGGCUCUUGAUAUGGGCGUUUGCAGUUUUAGUGUUUCAAGCAUCUGAAUCCUUUGAAUCAUCGUUUAACUUUGGAUUGAUAUCAUACGACUGGUAUAUGAUCUUGUAUGCGGCGCAUUUUUAUAUAGUUCUACGCAGUUUAAGUGUGGCGUUAUCGUUCCAUAAAUGUUCGAACAAUUUUAAGUCAUCUUUUGUCAAAAAGACAGAAAAAGAGGAAUCAAUCAUUAACUGUGCCCCUAAAUCCUCACUAGAAUAUUUAUUGGAUGUAUUAGACUAUUCUUUAUACCCUCAUUCAUUGCUGUUAGGUCCACUCGUCUUGUAUUCAAAUUGGGUUAAUUUCUGGGAAAAUCUUGAUAGUUUACAUUCCAGUCAUCUGUCACCCAGUUUUAGAGCAUUACUCGACACACUGAUAUCACUUGUUUCCAAAGCUAUCCGGUUGAUAUUCUGGAGCUCAUUUUGGUCAUUAUGCCUUUGUAUAGUUUAUCCGAAUUCAUUCGGUUAUUUGAUUUCUUAUGCACAAAUUAGUGAAUUAUCUAUACAAAAUAAAUCAAAUCAGUACUAUCUUAUUAUUGAUCGUGGUACAGUGGGUGCGAGUAUUUAUUUACGUAGUUUACAUUUAUUCAUUAUAUAUUUACAAUUUUAUGGAUGGCCAUACGUACUUUCAAAUUUCGAAUGCCUACUCAUAAAUUUGUUACAGAAAUUAUUGAAUAUUCUUCAAUCAUGUGGGCGAAACACCAAAGCUACUACUACUGUCACUGAUCAAACAAGAAAAUCUCAUAGUGACCCAAGCCUAAUUCAGGUUUCGUUUAUGCCUGAACCACCAGCAUGUCUCUUACAUUUCCUUCUGAUUUCUGAAUGUUGGCGGUCAUUCGAUCGCGGAUUGUACAAUUUCAUCAAAUCUUAUAUUUUUAUACCUGUUAUGAAGUUCAAUUUACCGUCAAAUUAUAAACAUUCAUUACUAUUAAUUCCCUUUCCUAUCAUUAAAAACUGGUUAGCGCUUAGUUUAUCCUAUUCAUUUGUUCUUUUAUAUCAUGGAAUUGAUAAAACAAAUGCAAUUUGGUUAUCGACAAAUUUACUGCUUUUAUUUUCUGAACGUUCUGUGAAAUGGAUUUAUCGAUGUACUAAUCUUGGAUCAGAAAUUCGUCAUCAGUUGUCUGAUAGAUGGAUUCGACGUCUUUCACUGUUACUUUGUGCAACCAGUGGAAUUUUUUCAGUUUUGGGAAAUUUGCAUUUCCUCUUCGGUUCGAAAGUUGCAAAUCAACUAGCUGUGUGGUUGAUAUAUGAUCCAACUCUACGUUUCACAGUAUUUGUGUAUUUCUAUUGCCAAAUGAAUUUUGUCACCGAUUUAAGAAGUCUAUUCCCAUCGAUCAGACCACAUUUUGAGAAAAAGAUUCAAUGA